AUGGCAUCUACUCACAGUCACCCACAACCACCACCGCAAGUGGUUAAUCAGUACAAUGAUCUUCUGAGAGAAUCACAAAGUCUCGGCAAUAAGAUUUCCGAACUUGAAAUGGACCGGAACGAGCACAAACUCGUAGAAGAAACCCUCCAGCCGUUGGAGCCCGACCGCCGGGCUUACCGAUUGGUCGGAGAGGUGCUCGUCGAGCGGACCGUCAAGGAAGUACUGCCCUCCGUCAAGACCAAUCGAGAAAAUCUGGAGAGCACUAUUGCGACAUUGAAAGAAAGACUGCACGACAAGCAAAAGGAAGUUGCCGAGCUGAAAUCCAAGUAUAACCUACAAACAGAGCCCAGCCGAUAA